UUUACAUCACCCGGGCCAGAACCGUCGCCUGGCGCCAGGCGUCCAAGAGACACUCGCCGCGGAAGCCGCGGCGGCUCCGCACGCUUCGGGCUGCGGGGGGUCGAGGCCAGAGCUCCGCCAGAUCCCAAGCUCAGCAGCAGCGGAGCAGGUCCCAGUCCACCAGGGGUGCCCAGGCGACUCUGAACUUAGGGGUCCGCAGGACACCGCCGCACCAGGGCAAGAUGCGAGCCACCCCUCUGGCAGCUCCUAUGGGUGCCCCUUCCAGGAAAAAGUUGAAGUUGGACGAUGACCUAGAAACCAAGUGUCCUACCCGGAAACAAGCUGGAAGUGAAUCCCAGCCCAGGCUUCCGCCCUGCCCACUGCCCCUGAGCCCACCCCCUGCUCCAGGCCAUGCUCCUGCUGUGACCGCUGCCUCCCGGCUUGGGCCCUAUGUCCUCCUGGAGCCUGAGGAGGGCGGCCGGGCCUACCGGGCCCUGCACUGCCCCACAGGCACCGAGUAUACCUGCAAGGUGUACCCCAUCUGCGAGGCCCUGGCUGUGCUGGAGCCCUACUCCCGGCUGCCCCCCCACAGGCACGUGGCACGGCCUGCGGAGGUCCUGGAGGGCACACACAACCUCUACAUCUUUUUCCCGCGGACCCAUGGGGACAUGCACAGCCUGGUGCGCCGCCGUCACCGCCUCCCUGAGCCCGAGGCCACGGCGCUAUUCCGCCAGAUGGCCGCUGCUGUGGCGCACUGUCACCAACACGGUCUAGUCCUGCGAGAUCUCAAGCUGCGUCGCUUUGUCUUCACCAACUGCGAGAGGACGAAGCUGGUGCUGGAGAACCUGGAGGACGCCUAUGUGUUGACUGGGCUGGAUGACUCCCUGUGGGAUAAGCACGCGUGCCCUGCGUAUGUGGGACCUGAGAUCCUCAGCUCGCAGGCAUCCUACUCGGGCAAGGCCGCAGAUGUCUGGAGUCUGGGUGUGGCACUCUUCACCAUGCUGGCUGGCCAUUACCCCUUCCAGGACUCAGAGCCUGCCCUGCUCUUUGGCAAGAUCCGCCGUGGGGCCUUUGCCCUGCCUCAGGGCCUCUCAGCCCCUGCCCGCUGCCUGGUCCGCUGCCUCCUUCGUCGGGAGCCGGCUGAGCGGCUCACAGCCUCGGGCAUCCUGCUGCACCCCUGGCUGCGGGAGAACUCAAUCCCCUCAGCCCCAUCCCGAUCCCACCUGUGGGAGGCUGACCAGGUGGUCCCUGAAGGGCCAAGACUGGAAGAAGCUGAGGAAGAGGAGGGCGGAAGGGAAGUGGGUCUAUAUGGCUAGGGCUACCCUCCCAGACUCAGCUGCAAACAGCGGGUUGAGUUUGGGGUGUCUCCAAGCUCUCUCCUGCCUCUUUGAACCGAGACAAACCUUAAGUGCCUUCUAGGAGGCAAGUCCUUCUUUGGAGUGGCCUGUGUGCCGCACCCUGUUCUUAGUGUUGGGAACACAGUCGUGAACAAAAGAGACAAAACUCCUGCUCACAGCGCUGAUAGUACUUUUCCACACCCACAGGCCAGUGUCUGCACUGGGCAGGGUGCACUUAGUGCAGGUAUUGCUGUCCACUCGUGCUGGCAGCCCAGCACUUCUGUCAUGGGACAGUCCCUUUGACAAACCACCCAGCUGCCUUUGUAUCUUGCACCUUUCAGAGAAAGGGAAGCAUCCUGUGCCAAAGGCUCCAGGCCUCUCCCCUAUAACUUAAGACUCCAGAGCCCAGGCCGUGCCGGGAAUUCUGCUCCAACAGCUCUGUCCUCUUGGUCAGGCCUGAGCCAAGGAUUUGGGCUGGAAAAUCAAGAGAGCAAACUGUGAGGCAGGUCCUCACCUGACUCAAGGAGUCAUUUGGAAUGAGGGUCCAGGCCUGGCCACCUCAGCGGCCCUUGACCUGAGAACCAGAGUCGGGGGACAGGAUUAGGCAGGGUCGGCCCCCUGGCCUCCUGGAAAGUCCUAAGCUCAGUUCUGGGGACACUUGGGGUCCAGGACCCCACAUAAUCACUAUAGGUUUUGGAUACCCUGAGUAUAUACUUUUCAACCUUGUGCCUAAUAAAGGGGUUAUGAAAUACUUUUAUUUCUCCUGGACAUUUUAUCUAUCCUCUCGUGUCAGUUUUCCCUGCAUCCCAAACCAGUCCCAUGGUGAAAGGCCAGAGGGCUUGUGUUUCAACCUCAUCAGAAUAAUUUGUGAGAACAGAUUUCUUGCAGUCCAGCGGGCCUUCUGCACUCCCUCUCUUCCUUCUGGAGGCAAUGGUGUCUCAGCUGGAGUAAAUUUUUGGCUGCAAGUAACUGAAACCCUGAGUCAAAGUGGCUUAAGAAAGAAGGAAAUGUAUUUCACACAAAGCAAGAAGUCAGCAGGUGGGGUGGGCUUCAGGGAUGGUUGCAUCAGCUCUCAGAGCUGUUAGCAAGAACCAGGCUCCCCAAGCUCAUUCUAUCUCUGCUCUGUUGUUCCUGGGGUCACAUUAGAGGGAUCCAUGACCUGAGGAAGAAUAAGGGUGGCCUUGUAGUAUUUGAGAACUCCGUGCUCUGGAGUCAGGAGGCUUAGUGUCUCUGGGCCUCAGCCUGUUCCCCUCCUCUGUGUGCCUAAGUCCUGCCCAUCCCUUGAGGCUGGACCUGAAGCCACUUCUGACACUGUCACAGUUGGGCUGCCCUCCCCUGCACCUCUGAAGUCGGCACAACAGGGGUUUUCAGCUGUGAUUGGGCAGCCCCCUGGGGGGUUUGUUUAAAAUGCAGAUCCUUGGACUCUCCCCAGACUUAGUGAGUCACAAUGCCCCCUGAAUUUCUGACUUCCAACAAGCCUCCUGGUCACGUUGCUGGAAGCUAAGUUGGAGAACCCUUGCACUGGGAGAAACCCUGACUCCCUGGGGACUCAGAACUCAUUUCAGCUCACCUCUGUGCCUGUUUGACUCCAGCCCAGGUAUAAAAUGGGUACAACUUCUACCUGCCUGUGAGGCUCAGAUGGGCUCACAGGUGUGGGAAGGCUUUAUCAGAGCUCAAAAUCCAAGCCACCACUACGUUGUACCAGCUUCAUGGGGAAAGACAUGUAGUCCUCAUCCCCUCAUCCUUCUUCCCUUACCUGGCUUUGUGGUUCUUCACAGCACUUAGCACCAACUGGCAGAACAUUCUAGAUUUGUCUGUUUGUAUUAGUUUUGUAAGGCUGGGGACUAUGUUUUGUUUAUAACUGUCACCCCAGCUCCUAGAACAGUGCUUGGCACAGAGCCACCCAAUAAAUGUUUGUUGAAUGACUGAAUGAAAGUGGUUGCUAUGCAGAUCUUACGUGCCUAGAACAAAGGCAGGACACUUAUGAGGGGUGGUUAAUGUUUGCUGAGCACGUACCACGUGCCAAGCAUGUUUUUAAGUGCAUUGCUUUUAAGACAUGUGAUAGCCAGCCUCUAAGAUGGCCCUCAAUGACCCUCGACACCUGAUAUUCAUGCCCUGGUGUAGUUCCUUUUCACCCGGAGCGAGGCUGACCCGUGUAACUAAUACACUGUAAAAAUGAUGGAGUAUGACUUUCAAGCCUAGGCCAUAAAAUAUACUGCGGCUUCCACCUUGCUUCCCUGGAUCAUUUGCCCUGGGGCAAGCCAGCUGCCAUGUGGCUAGGACAUUCAAGUAGCCCUACGGAGAGGGGUGGAACAUAGGCAUCCUGCAGAUAACCAACACCAACCAGACAUAUGAGUGGGCUUUCUUGAAAGUCCAUCCUCUAGCCCCAUCAAGCCUUCAGAUGACUGAAGUCCCAGCCAACAUCUUAACUACAACCUCAUAAAAGUCCUUGAGCCAAAUGAUGUAAGAAGCUGUUCCCGAAUUCUUAACCCAUAGAAACUGUUGUUUUAAGCCACUAAGUUUUGGGGUAACUUGCUAUGUAUCAAUAACCAAUAACUGAUACAGAUCCUUACAGUAACCCGAUGAGGGAGGGACCAUCUGAUCACCAUUGUACAGAGAGGGAAACUGAGGCCCAGAGAAGGAGA